AUGUCGCCUCUCUCCAGUACUUUUUGUUACUCAGCAUUCUUUAUCUUAUUCUUGUUUGUUCAUUUUACCGAAACAGCCAACUUAGAUACUAAGCAUCCCGCGAAAGGAUUGCUCAAGGUCCGUCUUGACUAUGGACUUGCAACACAGCCAGUACAUGGAGAAGAUGAGGGAGAGGGCUCCCAUCGAUGGGUUUUCUCGUCAUAUCUUGAGUUCAAAGAUCCAGUGUCAUCAAUCACCGACUCUCAGCUACUAAUGAUGGCUCAGAAUGCACACAAGGAGAUGGAGAUUGACAUGAUGCAAUAUGACCCUGAAGAUAAAGAUGGUCAGUUCGCGAUCCUUCCUACGGUCAUGACCAUUCUUGCCUUUGAUAAAAAAUUAUCUUGGCAUCUUCUCAGAGAGGAAGAUCGGGAUUCAUUAACGAGUGGCCCCAAAGCCCAGUGA